UGCCAUCCAUGCGACAUGUGUCAAGUUGACACCAACGAGGUUGGGGUUACCAUGAAUCCUAGCAAAAAGCAUGAGGUCCAGUUUAUCUCGGUAAACGAUGGAAGACUCGUUAAAGGCCGUAGGCUCAAGUUACCUCGAACAUGUAACGGCAUAGCCUGUCAUCAGAACGACCUCUAUAUAACGUCCGAUACUGCAUUGUGCAAGUACACAAUGAGUGGCCAAAUGGUGAGCACGUUAUAUGAGGACGCUUCAGCAAAUGGAGCAGUAUUGAAGUGCGCCGUGAGCACUUCAGGUGAAAAGAUCUUCGUUACCCAUAAUGUACAGCACAUGCUUCUCACAUUGGCCAGUGAUGGGUCUCUAUUGUCGACAUUUACUGACCCUAAAUUACUUUGGCCACGUGCUGUUCAUGUAACAGCGGCUGGUCAGGUGUUCGUCUGUGGGUGUAUGUCCAAUACUAUUGUACAGGUGUGUCGCGAUAGGCGGCAAAAGCUGGCUACUCUGCCUACAGGUGGGGAUGGAGUUAGUUACCCAGCUUCUGUCUACUAUAACAGGAAAACAUCCUCCAUUAUUGUGGGGCGAGGGAACAAUAACAAAAUCCUGGUGUUGAACGUGGUUUUGGUAUAAAAUUCUCGUAUGUGUAUUUUUCUGGGAGUGUUCUGGAUAGUGGUGCUUCAUUAAUCUAUUUUUAUAACAACUG